GUUCAGUGACAAUCCAAGAUGGCUGCGCCCAUGUAAUGCCGGCAGUGGUCGUCGAUCUAUUUUCCUUAUUGUCACCUAGCCCCUGUGGUGGCAGGCCGAACACGAAGACCAUGCUGGGCCGGACACUCCGUGAAGUUUCUGCAGGACUGAAACAAGGCCAAAUUACUCCAACAGAGCUCUGUCAAAAAUGCCUUUCUAUGAUCAAGAAGACCAAGUUUCUUAAUGCUUACAUUACUGUAACAGAAGAGGAGGCCCUAAAGCAAGCUGAAGAAUCAGAGAAGAGAUAUGCAAAAGGUCAGCCACUGGGGGAUUUAGACGGAAUUCCUGUUGCAAUAAAAGACAACUUUAGCACAUCUGCCAUCGAGACAACGUGUGGAUCAAACAUGCUGAAAGGUUACGUACCACCUUAUAAUGCUACAGUAGUUCAGAAGUUGUUCGAUCAAGGAGCUCUACUUAUGGGAAAAACAAAUUUAGAUGAGUUUGCUAUGGGAUCUGGAAGUACAGAUGGUGUAUUUGGACCAGUUAAAAACCCUUGGAGUUAUUCAAAGCAAUACAGAGAAAAGAGGAAGCAGAAGCCCCACGGUGAAAAUGAAGAUUCAGAUUGGCUAAUAACUGGAGGGAGCUCAGGCGGUAGUGCAGCUGCCGUAUCAGCAUUCACGUGCUUUGCGGCUUUAGGAUCUGAUACAGGAGGAUCAACCAGAAACCCAGCUGCACAGUGUGGGCUUGUCGGUGUAAAGCCAAGCUAUGGCUUAGUCUCCCGUCAUGGUCUCAUUCCCCUGGUGAAUUCAAUGGAUGUGCCAGGAAUCUUAACCAGAUGUGUGGAUGAUGCAGCAGUUGUAUUGGGUGUACUAGCUGGACAUGAUCCCAAAGAUUCUACCACUAUACAAGACCCUGUUAAACCAUUUCUGCUUCCAAGUUUGACAGAUGUGAGCAAACUAUGUAUAGGAAUUCCAAAGGAAUAUCUUGUACCAGAAUUAUCAAGUGAAGUACAAUCUCUUUGGACCAAAGCUGCUGACCUUUUUGAAUCCAGGGGGGCCAAAGUAAUUGAAGUGUCCCUGCCUCACACCAGUUAUUCAAUUGUCUGCUACCAUGUAUUGUGCACAUCAGAAGUGGCAUCAAAUAUGGCAAGAUUUGAUGGACUAGAAUACGGUCACAGGUGUGACAUUGAUGUGUCUACUGAAGCUAUGUAUGCUGCAACCAGACGAGAAGGGUUCAAUGAUGUGGUGAGAGGAAGAAUUCUCUCAGGAAACUUCUUCUUAUUAAAAGAAAACUAUGAGACUUAUUUCAUCAAAGCACAGAAAGUGAGACGACUCAUUGCUAAUGAUUUUGUGAAUGUUUUUAACUCUGGAGUUGAUGUCUUGCUAACACCCACAACUCUGAGUGAGGCAGUGCCAUACUUGGAGUUCAUCAAAGAAGACAACAGAACCCGAAGUGCCCAGGAUGAUAUUUUUACACAAGCAGUAAAUAUGGCAGGAUUGCCAGCAAUAAGCGUUCCUAUGGCCCUCUCAAACCAAGGGUUGCCAAUAGGGCUGCAGUUUAUUGGACGUGCAUUUUGUGAUCAGCAGCUUCUUACAGUUGCCAAAUGGUUUGAAAAACAAGUACAGUUUCCUGUUAUUCAACUUCAAGGACUAAUGGAUGACUGUUCAGCAAUCUUUGAAAAUGAAAAGUUAGCUUCUGUUUCUCUAAAACAUUAGUAAUGAAAAACUGCAAAUUAAAAUGACUGAGAGAUUUUAUACUCUAGAGAGGUCAAAUGAUCUUGCUAAAUUCUAAUAACUGGGUUCAUUGUUUACAUAUUCAUUGCAAUCACUUUUUAAAAUUCUUGUGAUACAAGUUAAAACUAUAAAUAAUCUGUCUGUAUCUAUUAAGCAUUCACUAAUUCAAAGUACGUAGAGGGUCAGCCACAAAGAAGAGGACCCUCAACAAGAUAGAUUGACACAGUGGCUGCGACAAUGGGCUGAAACAUAACAACAAUUGUGAGGAUGGCACAGGACCAGGCAGUGUUUUAUUCUGUCAUACAUAGGGUCGCUAUAAGUCAGAACCGACUUGACAACACCUAACAACAACAAAAUUCGAAGUACAGGAUUUCUACUAUAAAACAGUACUUUCCUGAAAAACAAUGUAUUCGGCAAAAUUGCACAUUACAAAAAACCAAGCUUAUUGUCUUAGUCAUCUAAUACUACUGUAACAGAAAUAACACAAGUGGAUGGCUUUAACAAAGAGAAAUUUAUUCUCUCAUAGUGUAGGAGGCUAGGAGUCUAAAUUCAGGGUGCCCGUCCAGGGGAGGACUUUCUCUGUCAGCUCUCGGGGAAGGUCCUUGUCGUCAGUCUUCCCUUGGUCUAGGAGUUUCUCCAUGCAGGAACUUCAGAUCCAAAGGAUGCACUCUGUUCCCCAGACUGCUGUCUUGGUGGUAUGAGGUCGCCAUGUCUCUCUGCUUGCUUUUCUCUUUUAUAUCUCAAAGGAGACUGGCUCAAGACACAAUCCAAUCUUGUAGAUUGAGUCCUGCCUCAUUUACAUAACUGCCACUAAUCCCACCUCAUUAACAUCAUAGAGAUGGAAUUUAUAACACAUAGGAAAAUCUCAUCAGAUGAUAAAAUGGUGGACAAUCACACAACACUGGGAAUCAUGGCCUAGCCAAGUUGACACACAUUUUGGGGGGACACAGUUCAAUCCAUAACACUUAUGGUCAAAUUAAAACUAGGGGUUGUCUUAGGCUGGGUUCUUUAGAGAAGCAAAACCAGUAAAGCAUAUAAAUAUAUAGAGUGAUUUAUAUCAAAGAAAUGGCUCAUGCAAUUGUAGAGGCUGGAACAUCCCAAGUCCGUGGAUCAGGAUAGAGGCUUCCCCCAAUUCACGUAGCUGCAGGGGCUGAUGAACCCAAGAUCGGCAGGCUGGAGAGCAGGGCUCCCAUUCACAGGCUGUGAAGAUUGACGAAUUCUAAGAUCUGCAGAUAAGCUGGCAGCUCAAGUCCCAAGAACUGGAGGUCAGACAAAUAGGAAGCAGCGGAAGGAUCCAGUGCGAGCAAAAAGCCAGAAAACAUCUGCUUUUAUUUGGAUACAGGCCACACCUCCAAAGAAAAUCUCUUUCAACGGAUUGGCUACUCACAGCAGAUCCCAUCGUGGGAGUGAUCACAUAUAAACACUGAGAAUCAUGGCCCAGCCAAGUUGACGCACAAUCUUAACCAUCACAGGGGUAAACGUCUCAAAACGUGUACAUUUUUAUAAAAAAGUGCUAACAAAAACCAUAAGUGGUACCUCCAGAGCUAACCUGGACAGCCCAGACAGGCAGCAACUCAACACAUGCUGGAGUCUGCCUCAGGGAAUGUUAAAAAUGCACAAAAACAAUGAAGUAGAAAUGUUAGCUUCUGGGUGCUGGGCAAAACAGAUGGAAGAGAAGCUCUGAGCACAGGAGGAAGUGUAACCUCUCAGCCCCCAGUCAUGCAAAACUCGGGGGAAUGCCUCUCUGGGGAGGAGUCCCAGUGCAGGUGCUCCUUUUAUUUCUUUAAAAAUAGAGCUGAAAUGACUGAAGACUUUUCUCACUUCCUGCUAACAGUUAAAAUUUUACUUUUGCUUUUCCAGAACCUCUUGUCUAGGAGUCGGAACAACUGCCACAUUACACUGAGUUCAUUCUCCCAGUCACCAUUUGCAGAUGAGUUAAUUGAGGCCACAGAAACAUUUGUUAUAACCGAACAGACCACACUGGACUUGAAACUGGGAGGGUGGGAAAGGUGGUUUUAGUGAGAGAAGUUGAAUCACAAGUAACAUACAAUUUGAAAAAUUUGCAGAUAAUCUGGUAAGGAUGCCGCAGAGAUGAGGCCCGUGGCAGGUUCCCCUGGUCCUUUAUCCCAGAUUCUUUACUCUUCCGUUUCCUUACUCUCUUGACUUUGUUUUCAAGGGCUCCUAUCUGGUCCCCUUGGGCCAAAGAGAUAGUAGUGGGAAUCUGUAUUCGGUGUUCUAUAUUUGAAAUAGUAUAAGGAAAAUCAUACUUUUACCCACUCUAAGGGUUCAUCAUUGGAUUUUUUUGUCUUUCGCUGGAACACUAUUGAUUCUAUGUCAUGUUGAUCAGGAGUUCUAAUUGGCACUUCCACAUUAUUGAUGAGGACAGAGUGGAAGCUGAAUUAGCAUUUAAUAAAUUCACUUUGUUUAAUAAGAAGAAUGUCUCUACACGUGCAGUACAUGGGGAAAAAUAACUAAAGGGAGCAGAGCCACCUGCAGAACCUUGAGAAUGUUGUGUUGUAGAAAUGUAACCUGCGUGUGUGUGCACAUUAUAAAACCAUUAGAUUUACUUUUCAUUAAUAGCUGUCUCUACUCCCUGAGAUCUUCCUACUCCCAAACACUCAAUCUGUUAAAGUUUACAUGAAAGCCUGAUGUGCCAAGCCCACCAGUAUUCUUAUAAAUUUGAUUCCGAAUCGUUGAAAGAGGAGAUCCAUAAGGGAUAGGUGUGAAUACCUAAAUUAUAACAAGAGGAGACCGUCUUAGUUGAUGAAGGAGCUAGUAUGAUGUGAAAAGCAAGCAAAUACAUUUUUGCCCAAGACUUUUAUUUAUGUGUGUAAUUUGAAAUGUGUUUAUAAAGAACAUUACUCUCUUAUUUCUGUAUCUACUUAAGCUGCUCUAAUGAUUUGAAUCUGGAUGUCGGGAAGUGAAACAGUUAAUGUUCUCACGUAAUAUCCAACUAGCAUGAAAUGAUACCGAAAUUGUUUUUCUUUUUCCUCCACCUUUCCCCUAAAUCUAACAGAUCUCAUUUUGCCGAGUCGCUGUCUGGGAAUGUAAGUGGCAAAUGGUUCCUGUGUCUCAGCUAAUUAAACCCUGAAAUUGUUAGCAGCACUGCAGCUAGAGGAGGGCACUUCUGAAAGGCAAAGGGAGCUACCGGUAUGAGUUCCUUGACAAGACCUAGCAAAACAAAAUGAAACCAAAAAAAAGCAAAGCAAAAGUUGAAAUCAACAACAAAAGCAUUGCCAGAGUGAAAAAAAUGUGAUGAGAUCGCAAAGCUUGGCACCUUGAAGCCACACAGAGCCAAAGGAGCAAGUGGAAAAAAUAGGGAGGCAAAAUGUUUCCUUUGAACAGCUAUUUGAUACCAUGUCCUCUAUUAGGAUAAAGGAACAUGGACCAUCUAGAUAAAGGCAGCAUGGUACAGAAGAGGAGCUCCUAAUGAUUCCUAUUAGAAAAUAACCUGCACCUUCCCUGGUGGCGCAGUGGUUAAGUGUUCAGCUGCUAACCAAAACGGCAGUUCAAAUCCACCAGCCACUCCUUGGAAACCCUGUGGGGCAGUUCUACUCCGUCCUUUUGGGUCUGGUUUUUUUUGUUUGUUCUAAUGUAAGCAAGAAGUACUUUCAGGAUUUUAGAAGAGAAUCUGAAGGACAGUGAAAAGAGAUGUUUAUGGGACACCAAUAAAUGGACCUCGGAGAUUCUGCAAACUGUGCGUCACAUCCUGUUCCAUUCAAAGCAGGGGAACAAACUAAUGGGAUUUUAAAAACAGCUUUUAUUUUUAGCUUUCAUUAACUACUUUUCAUUUCCCUCCCUUUCCUCAAACAUUUGAUUAUCUACACGAAAGCUAAAUGUGUGUUAGCUGUGCAAGCCUAGGGUAAAAUUUAUUCUUUGUGUUUAGAAGCACCAGAAAAAAAAAAAAAUUUUUUUUUUUUUUUGAGCACCAGAGGAGAGCUUAAAAUAUAAGGCUUUCCUCAAUUAUUUCAUAACAUAAGCAGUGUGUACACUAGAACAUAAACCUGAAAAUUCAAUAAAGGCAAAUAACAUGGGAAAACCCAGCCAAGAUUAAAUAAAAGUAAUAAUUACAGAAUUUCAGAGGGGCUUUUUCAUUUCUUUUUCUUUAUACCUCAAUGACAUAUAAAUCCAAAAGGAUUUUAGACCUUUUAUUUAAGAUGUAGUAGUACAGUGGUAUAAAAGUAAAUAGUUGAAAUCAUAGCGAAGUUUAAAUAAACUAGGGAAAAAAGAUAAAGUCAGGAAUUAGGUAAAAAUACACAAAUGCCUGUCAAGGUUUUAUAUAGUAGAUGCUUAUGGCUAUACAGUAUGCUGUAGUGCGAAAUUACCCAGUAGCCUUCCUAGAUGAUCUAUAGUGUGGGAGCAAGGCCACCAGAUUUAAAAAUCAGACAAACCUGGGUUGAAUCCUGUUGCUGCCAUUUAUAAGCUGUGUAGCCUAACUGAGCUUCAGUAUCCUGAUGUGUAAAAUGGGAAUACUGUCUACUUCGGGGGAUAACUGGGAGGAUUAAAAUUCAAAUGAUCCUGAGAGACUGAAUAUACAAACAGCAGCCAGACCAUACAUUAAAAUAGUACUCUGACCCACAACCUGUAGCAUACAGCCUAGGAAGCCAAACCAUAAUCUACACCAACCAGUUCAGGAAGCCAAACCACAACCUCUAUAGCUGUCCACGCAGAACCAGGAGGAUACAAUCAACAACUGACAGUUUUUCUCAUUUUUGUCCCCGUUUCCA